AAUGCUGAAAAACCAUUCCAAUGUAUUUCUUGUGAAUUUGGCUUUAGAAGACAGGAACACUUGAAACGACACUUUAGAUCAGUCCAUUCAUCAGAAAGACCAUUCCCAUGCAAAUUUUGUGAUAAAAAGUUUAGUAGAAGCGACAAUUUAGCCCAGCAUUUGAAGACUCACCAAAAAGCAUUUCACUGA